AUGAACUCAGCAAGAGAUAAAAUCAAUAAGUUUCAAUAAGAUUUAAUGGUGGAUAAAAAUGUAGCAAUUAAUACAUUAAGUAAUUAGUUUAAUUGAAAAUAGGUCAUUAUAAUAUUAAGGAGAUAUCUGAAUUAUCUUGGUAAUUAAACUAAGAGUUAUAAAGAUUUUAAUAAGAAAUUUAAUAAUAAAUAAGUGAAAAUUCUAUUUUAAAAGAUAUUGUCAAAAAAAUACUAGAUUUAUUAACAACUAAUUACACAAAUUAAGAAUUUGAAAAACUGUGUUAAGGUGAUAAAAUAACUUUUGAAAAUAUAAAGAAUAGAUAUAAAAAGCCAUAAAAACUUGAUGAAAAACCUAAUGAAAAACUUAAUGAAAAACCUAAUGAAAAACUUAAUGAAAAACUUAAUUUUGAAAAACCUAAUGAAAAACUUAAUGAAAAACUUAAUGAAAAACCUGAUGAAAAAUUGUAGCAGAAAUAUGAUGAAUUGUUUUAAAAUUAUAAAGGACUAUUCUCUAGAAAUUUAAAAUUUUAUGAAGAUCACAAAGCUAUAAUUGAGGCACAAUAAUGUUAUAUUAAUAGUUUAAAAAAUGAAUAAGAAAAAUUCAGAAAGUAAGUAUUCGAUUAUUAAAAUUGUAUAUCUGAUAUAUUAAAUACUCAAAGUUAUGAAAUAAAUAUAUAUCCAGGAUAUGAAAAUUUAUGCAACUAAAUCAAUGAUUACUUAAAAAAAAUUAAAGUUUAAUCUUAAGAUAUAAAAACUUCAGUAGAUAAUAUUUAGAAAAUAUAAAAAUAAACCAAUGAAGAUUAAAAAAAACUCGAAGAAGAUAUAUCUAACAUAAUUAACUUAAUAAAUGAAGUACAAAAAAUUUCAAAAUAAUGUAGUAAUAUAAUGUAAAAUAAUAUCUUAUAAAAUGAUGAAAAAAUGGAAAUGGAAUAUAAAAAAAUUUCAGCUUUCAUUUAAUUAAAUUCAAAAGUAUUUGAAAGAUUCCAAAUUCUUUUAAACCAUUUACUACGAAAUUCAAAAGAACUUGAAGCAAAGAAUAAAAGUUUAUCUGAACAGUUAAUGAAAAGUAAAAAUGAAGUCUUAUAAGAAAAAUCAAAAUAUUUAUAAACUUUAUAAAACUUUUAAUAGAAUUAUAAUGGUUCCAAAAAUCAGAAUUAAGGUAAAAUUAAUAUUUAUUAAAAUUAUAGCAAUAUCAAUAAAAAUACCAACAUAUUAUAACCUUUUUAAAGAAUUUAGCGGAUUUGUUCUUACUUUAUUUGAAUAACUACCUUAAAUUAAAUAAUCAAAUGUAUUUAAGGACUAAUUAAUAAAUUAUUAUAAUAAUAUCAAUCCUGCUCCAAAAGAUAUUACAGAAAUUUAGGCAAAAAUUGCAAUAUUUUAAAAAUUGCUUGAAAAUUUAUAAAAUCAAAUUACUCUUUAGAAUAAUAUAACUUAACCAUUAAAUAAUUCAAUUUAAUUUGUAAAAAAAUACUUAAAACUUCCAGAUUUAGAUAAACUCACAGAAAAUGAUAUAUUUGUUGCUAUUUGA